GUCACUGUCUCGAUUCUCUGUCAUUGGACAUUUUUGUUUUGCUGUGUUUUCGAAUCAAGAAAAAAUUGUUUUCCAUUGAAAUAAUAACAUUUAAAAAUUAAUAAAAUCAAAUAUUGCUAAAAUGGAUGAUCCACUAAGACCCAAGGCAAUUCCAUUAGCCGCUGAAACAGUUCUAUGGUUUGAAUUCCUCCUCGAUCCAAAUUUAUUAACAAAACAUCUUCGCAAACCUAAUGCCGAACCCAGUCCAAUGGACCUUAUCAAUCAAUUCAUUGCAAUGUCACCAGAAAUGCAACAAAUAUCUCAAAUAGAUCUCGUCGGAGAUUCCACUGACAUACUCCGUGGAAUUCCAAUUACUCCUGGUACAGGAAGUGUUAUCCCAUCGGUAGACACUAUUCGUCUCACAAGGAAACAGUUUGCUUUAAAGAUACUUACCUUAAAAGUUGCUACAUUCCUUCGAUGGGAUUUGGAUCUCUUUGAAAAAAACCUCACAAACAUCAAGCAAGUUUCUCUCCUGAGAGAUUUAUGCACUAUAAGCUUCGGAAAGCCAGUUCCAAUACCCAUUCCUUCAGAUUUUAACACAACAGUUGCCCCGGAAGGCAAUGAAAAAGCAGCAAAGUUUGCUCUGGCAAUCUACCAUCGUUGGGUUCUUCGUCUGCAAAUCAUCAAAGACAUUGCAAAUAAGGCCUUGAGACCACAACUCCACAACAAUUUUGUUCCCAUUGAGCCAAUGCAUCCUCAUUUCGGAGCAGACAUUCCAACCGAACCCAGCAUCGAAUAUCUGAAACAACUAUGUCAAUCUUCCGAGUCAUUCUAUGUCUGUACCCAUGACACCUUCGUUCUGAUUCAUCCCAAUUCCGAGACCAAUUCUCAGAAUUUUGAAGGAAUGAAACAAAUCUCCCCAGCUGAGCUGAGAACUCAAAUCUUCUUUGACUUUGUCAACUUCUAUCUAUACACAAAACAAUAUCGCAAAGCCCAAGAAGCAGUUAUUGAGUGUCGGAAGAAUCUCUUGGAGAUGAAGUCCGAAUACAAUAAAAGGGCAAAAGCCGAGUUUAUUUUUUGUCAUUUAGAUGAAACCGAAUUGGAGGGAUAUCUGAUGGCUUGUGGAGUCAGUGAUCGGCUAGUAUCGCUAAUGGAAAAGUUUAGUGCUUCAAUAUUGAAUAACUAUAAGGACAUCAUUGAAAUCCUUAAGGCUGAUAAUAAGUUUCGAGAAAUUCCCAUUGUCAAUCGAAGAAUUCUGGAGUUGGACAUUGAAGGAGCAAUUUCGCAAGGUCUUCUCAAAGAAACUCGUGAAUUGGAGAUGAAAGUUGCAGCUCUUAAUGUCGUUCGAUGUAUUUUUGAGGAUGGAAAUAUUUUUGGCAGUGUAGAUUUCUUUGAUAAAUACAGAAACUUUAAUUGCUUUACAGCUUUAGCUGAUGGAAUUUUUGACAUCCUCCCUCACUGUUCCCUCGGAGAUCGAAAUAAAGUCAAAGAAUUUCUAGUUGACUGCAUUUUGAAACAUGCCAAUGGAAAACAUCUGCUUCAAAUCGUCGAAUCCAUUGGUUUGUUCUCGAAUUUGGAAAUUGAAGAUCUCAAGAGGCAGAUAACAGAGGAAGAAAUCUUCGUACCAAUGCUGGCCAUACAAACCGAUUGGAAGAUAACAGCCAGAAACCGAGUGGACCCUGCAGCAGUGGAUCGUAUUGAAGUUGGGUCGUUAGAGAGACAAUUGAUAUCCUGUUCAAAUGCGAAUGCAGUCCGCAAGAUAUUAGUCAAACUUGCUGCCACAAAUCCAACGAAACCGCUGUUCACUGUGAAUCCAAGCUGGCAAAUACCAACUCCUAUAAAUUCUCUCCUCAUGUCGAUGCCAAGAGGAUUUCUACAAGAUUUUGCUUAUGUUCUACUUGGAAAAGCCCGAGAAAUGGCUGCAAAGAAUGACUACGUAGGAGCUGUCUCUAUGUUGAGUGUCCUCAAAUCAGAGACUCAACGUCAAGAACUAUCAAACACAUCGUCUGUUGCAAAGUUAGGCAAACUUGUAAAUUGGGAAAUUCUUCUUAUACAAAUCUGUCAGUGCCUAGAGGAGUGGAACAAGAAGACCUUGGACCUGCAAUCUCUUGGUAAUCGAUGCAAACAAUGCUUGAGUUCUUUACAGAGUGGCGAUAACAUUAUACCCAGGAUAGAAAUCAUUGACCAUUGCGCCAUAAUGCUUCUAAAUCUCAGUGAAUGGUCAGCCCUGAUGUUCCUAGACAAACGAUUGCCUCACCUCGAACUGCCACUAGCAUUUGCCACAACUUUCCUUGACAUGGAAAAAAUGAAGGGAACAAAGAAGGCUUGUCGAGAUGCUUGGGAUAUUGUGCUGCCGAUGUUUAGCAAUCAAAACAAACGAGGAGGUGGUGGUAAUUCAAGGAACUCUCCCAAUCUCGCAGUCAAUUCCGGACUGCAACCAUUUUUGAAAAGAAUUCGAGAUCAGGGCUUAUUUUCGUUGGUUAUUUCAUUGCUUGGUAAGAUUCACAAUAUACUCAAAGACGAUGCUAACUAUGAGCUGAAUGGAGAGUACAUACAAUUGUGGCCAACAAGUAUUAGCAAUCCUCUGGGUUAUAGCAUCCGUUCAGUAUCGGAAACACUCAAUUGGCUCCUCAAAGAAGCUCUCAAAUACUAUCCACAAGCGAUCACGUGGUUAAAGAUGAAAGGUGAUGUAGAAUUGGCGAUUGGUAACAAUGAAGCAGCAAUGAGGUGCUAUGUGAAUGCUCUGAUCACCGGAACUGAAUAUUGUACAUUGCCGUUGCAACGAAUGAUCGCUGAUGAUUUUGUGAUACGGAAAAUGAUCAGAUGUUGUUCAAAUCUGGGUUGUUAUAUGCAAGCGGCUGUGUUGUGUCAGUUCCUUGAUGAAAUCGAUUAUAGUUUGGCAUUUAAGAAUCUUACUGAGAAAUCAUCGAAUUUCACUGAUGCCAUGGAUGCUUAUUAUGGUUGUAUAUGGGAUACAACGCUGUUGGAGUUUAUUGUGAACUUACAUGCAAAGAAGGGCGAAAAUACGAGAAAACUCGAAGCGAUAGCGGUUAUGAGUACACUAGAACUAAAUGCCAACAAUAAUGACGAAAUUAAGAGGGAAGCAGCUGCCAUCAGGAAAUCAAAGUUUCUAAGGGCUCUUGCAAAGCAGUAUUUGCUUUAAAUAAUUUUAAUAGCGUAUAGGUACUUAUUGUUAGAUGUUUUACUAUUUUGCUUUAAGAAAUAAACUAACAAA